UGUGGUGAACACGUUGUUUCACAAUGUGAUCAUGGGAAACAAAGGUCCCAUUAUAAAAUAGCACGUGUGGUUGAUGCAGACCUGACGUUUGUGCUCACAUAUCCCACAAGAAUGACUUAAAAAUACCUUGCAAUAGGUUCCUGUUUGCAAAUCGGACUUUAUUAUUUUCAAUGUAUUGCUUAGGAAUCGAUUACCUUUAAUGAAGUUUACACUCCCUGUCUGUUUUUUUAAAUGUACAUUGAACUUAUUUCACAGCGUACAUGACCAACUGUGCAUUUUGUUUCGUUGGGAACUUUUUUGACCCGCUUAGAUCGGACGUCUUUGAACAAAAAGAUAUUAAUAGCUCACCGGAUGCCUCCAGAAGACAGAUUCUCACGAUGAAGAUUCCGAUCGUAACGCCUCGCGUGUUACUGCCGACGGGGAUCCCACCAGUUCGUGCCGUGUAUGGAAAGUAUUAAAUACACAGAACCUGCAGGAUGAACGUCCAGAAAUCAAGAAUUGGUCUGAUGGAGCAAAGGCACUCGGCGCAGCUCUGUGCAAAAAGGCAACAAUGCGACCGGUGUGCAUACAGCACGGAUCGUGCUGUGAACCUGAUAGAGCACCAGAGAACACACACGGGAGAGAAACCCUUCAAGUGCAGCGCGUGUGAGAUGGCAUUUGCAUGGUCAUCGAAUCUUAAAAAGCACGAGAGAACGCACACGGGAGAGAAACCCUUCAAGUGCGCUGUGUGUGGCAAGGCGUUUGCACGGUCAUCAGUUCUUCAGAGCCACCAGAGAACACACACGGGAGAGAAGCCCUUCAAGUGCACCGUGUGCGAUAAGGCGUUUUCACAGUCAACAAUUCUUCAAAGCCACCAGAGAACACACACGGGAGAGAAACCCUUCACAUGCAGUGUGUGUGGGAAGGCGUUUUCAGUUUCUGCUACUCUUAAAAAUCACCAGAGAACACACACGGGAGAUAAACCCUUCAAGUGUACUCUGUGCGGGAAGGCGUUUUCACAGUCGCCACAUCUUCAAAGACACCAGAUAACACACAAGCAUCAGAGGACCCCGAAUGAGUGGAGCCUGAAAUCGGUUUGUGUAAGUCCAAGUGCUGCAAUGAGCCCAUCCCUCAUGAAACAAGAACCAGAAGAAACCCCAGCACUGAACGGUAUCAAGGUGAAAUGUGAAGAGGUGAAGUGUGAAGAAGUGACAGUGGGGAGCGAAGAAGUGAAGAUAAAAUGUGAAGAUGAAGAUUCAAAUCCACAAUCGUACCUUCACAUGGAUGAAGGCGACGUGAAGCAGGAGGAGAAUUCUGACUGUGAGGCAGAGCGAGGCAACUCCCAGCAGUUUGUGGAAGUCGAGGUGUGGGUGGACUUCUUAGACAAUGCAAAGUCAAAUGGAGACCCGGUAGAUGUGGAAGCCUGAGACAAUAAAGCUCCAAUAGAUUCAUCUUUAACACGUAGGCUUUCGCGACCAAUAUUAUUCAUAAUAAAGGUGUUUGGGUUAGAUCGCAAAUUGCCCGAUGAUGCUGGAUGUAUUUACCGGCGAAACG